GUCGUCCAAAUACUGCUCGAUAAAGGCGCCGACGCGAACGCACAAACUGACGACUAUCUUGGGAAUGCACUUCAAAUUGCCUCAUACGGGGGUCAUGAGAAAGUUGUCCAAAUACUGCUCGAAAAGGGAGCUGACGUUAACGCGCAAAGCGGCUGCUUGUAUAGGAACGCUCUCCAAGCUGCUUCCUACAACGGCCACGAGAAGGUCGUUCAAGUAUUACUCGACAAGGGAGCCGAUGUCAAUGCGCAAGGCGGUUGCUCAUAUAGGAAUGCUCUCCAGGCAGCCUUCUACAAUGGCCACGAGAAGAUCGUUCAGAUGCUACUCCACAGUGGCGCCGAA